GGUGGGGUUGAUGAUAUGACAAAGCUAUCAUACCUACAUGAGCCUGGAGUUUUGCAGAAUUUGAAAGCUAGAUAUGAAUUGAAUGAAAUUUAUACUUAUACAGGAAAUAUCCUAAUUGCUAUAAAUCCAUUCCAAAGACUACCUCACAUCUAUGAUUCUCAUAUGAUGCAACAAUACAAGGGUGCCCCAUUUGGAGAACUAAGCCCUCAUGUUUUUGCAGUUGCAGAUGUUGCAUACAGGGCCAUGAUUAAUGAAUUGAAAAGCAAUUCAAUUCUGGUGAGUGGUGAAAGUGGAGCAGGUAAAACCGAGACGACUAAAAUGCUUAUGCGAUACCUUGCAUUUCUUGGCGGUCGAGUCGCCACUGAAGGACGAACAGUUGAACAACAAGUUCUUGAAUCUAAUCCAGUCCUUGAAGCAUUUGGCAAUGCUAAAACUGUUCGUAACAACAAUUCCAGUCGUUUCGGUAAAUUUGUUGAGAUUCAGUUUGAUAAGCAUGGAAGAAUAUCAGGAGCAGCCAUCCGGACUUACCUUUUAGAGAGAUCUCGUGUUUGCCAAGUUUCCGACCCGGAACGCAACUAUCACUGUUUUUAUCUUCUUUGUGCUGCGCCAGCGGAGGAAGUUGAAAAGUACAAAUUGGGAAAACCCCAAAGUUAUCACUAUCUUAACCAGUCACAUUGCUAUGAACUAGUAGGCGUAAGUGAUGCCCAUGAUUAUCUUGCUACAAGGAGAGCUAUGGAUAUUGUAGGAAUUAGUGAGAAAGAGCAGGAGGCAAUUUUCCGGGUUGUUGCGGCAAUUCUUCAUCUUGGAAACAUUGUAUUCGCUAAAGGAAAGGAGGUUGAUUCAUCUGUUCCGAAAGAUGACCAGGCUAAAUUCCACCUGAAUACAACAGCAGAGCUUCUUAUGUGUGAUGUUAAGGCCUUAGAAGAUGCAUUGUGUAAACGUGUUAUGGUCACACCCGAGGAAGUAAUAAAGCGAAGUCUCGAUCCACAAAGUGCUACAGUUAGCCGGGACGGUUUGGCUAAAACAUUAUAUUCACGAUUGUUUGACUGGUUGGUGGACAAAAUUAAUAAUUCAAUCGGACAAGAUCCAAACUCGAACUUCCUAAUCGGAGUCCUUGACAUCUACGGUUUUGAAAGCUUUAAGGCUAAUAGCUUUGAGCAGUUCUGUAUUAACUUUACAAAUGAGAAGUUGCAACAGCAUUUCAAUCAGCAUGUCUUCAAGAUGGAGCAAGAAGAGUACACAAAAGAGAAGAUCAACUGGAGCUACAUAGAAUUUGUUGAUAAUCAAGAUGUCCUGGAUCUUAUUGAAAAGAAACCAGGAGGAAUCGUUGCUCUUCUUGAUGAAGCUUGCAUGUUCCCGAAAUCAACUCAUGAAACUUUUGCAAACAAGCUUUAUCAGACGUUUAAGAACCACAAAAGAUUCAUCAAGCCGAAAUUGUCUCGCACCGAUUUCACUAUUGCUCAUUAUGCAGGAGAUGUCCUAUAUCAAUCUGAUCAAUUUCUGGACAAAAACAAGGAUUAUGUGGUUCCUGAACAUCAAGACUUGUUGGGUGUUUCGAAAUGUCCAUUUGUAGCAGGCCUUUUCCCACCACUUCCAGAAGAAACAUCUAAAUCAUCCAAGUUUUCUUCGAUUGGUUCUCGUUUUAAGCUACAAUUACAGCAACUAAUGGAAACAUUAAACUCUACGGAACCGCACUACAUCCGAUGUGUAAAGCCUAACAACCAACUUAAACCGGCUAUAUUUGAGAAUCAAAAUAUCAUGCAACAACUUCGUUGUGGAGGUGUUCUAGAGGCAAUAAGAAUCAGUAUGGCUGGCUAUCCAACUCGGAAACCUUUCUUUGAGUUCAUUAACCGGUUCGGACUUCUUUGUCCUGAGGCUCUGGAAGGAAACUAUGACGAAAAGGCUGCAUGCCAGAAGAUUUUGGAAAAGGCUGGACUUGAAGGAUUUCAGGUAGGUCUAACAAAGAUCUUUCUCAGAGCUGGUCAGAUGGCGGAACUAGAUGCACGGAGGGCAGAAGUACUCAGUAGUGCUGCAAAAACCAUACAACGCCGUAUUCGUACUCAUAUAUCUCGUAGAAGAUUCCUUGCAGUGCGAAAGGCCUCUGUCGAUAUCCAGUCUAUUUGUAGAGGAGUAUUGGCCUGCAAACUUUAUCAAAACAUGAGAAGGCAGGCAGCAGCUUUGAAAAUCCAGAAGCACAUAAAGAGGCAUCAAGCUAGAGUAGCCUAUCAAAAACUCCACAUAUCUGCCCUUGUCUUACAGACAGGUUUGCGGGCAAUGGCCGCUCGAAGAGAAUUCCGAUCCAUGAAUUUAAAUAAAAAUGCAACUUUGCUUCAGGCUUGGUGGCUCUGUCGGAGAGCAGUCGUGUAUUAUAAGAAGCUCACGAGAAGUUGUAUUGUGACACAAACCCGGUGGAGAGGAAGAGUUGCUCGAAGAGAACUCCGAAAGCUCAAAAUGGCAGCAAGGGAAACAGGUGCACUGAAAGAAGCAAAGGAUAAGCUAGAAAAGAAUGUCGAGGAGCUUACAUGGCGUUUGCAGCUGGAGAAACGUUUGAGGACUGAUUUAGAAGAAGCAAAAGCUCAGGAGGUUAUGAAACUGCAAAACACAAUGCAAGAAAUGCAGAAAAUCAUCGAGGAAACCAAUGCGUUGCUUGCUAAAGAACGAGAGACUGCAAAGAAAGCCAUCGAAGAAGCGCCUCCGGUUAUUCAAGAGAAAGAAGUUCUCGUUGAAGAUACAAAGAAAGUUGAAUCUCUAACAGAAGAAGUGGAAAGCCUAAAGGCCUCAUUGGAAACAGAAAUGAGAGCUGAUGAGGCAGAAGGAAAGUACAAAGAACUCCAAGAAUCAAGUGAAGAAAAGAAAAAACUGGAAGAAACCGAAAAAAAAUAUAUGAUACAUAUACUUUUGAUGUGGUUGAUUGAACUCAGGUUAGAAGAGAAGCUCGCUAAUAUAGAAUCAGAGAAUAAGGUGUUACGGCAACAGGCAGUAUCUAUCGCUCCCAAUAAGUUCCUUUCAGGACGUUCGAGGUCGAUUUUGCAGAGAGGUUCAGAGAGUGGUCACUUGGAAGCAAGGGCAGCCAUUCCAGAUCUUCACAGCCCGUCACUGAACCUUCGAGAGCCUGCUGAAGUCGAGGAGAAACCACAAAAAUCAUUGAAUGAGAAACAACAGGAAAACCAGGAGUUACUCAUUCGAUGUAUCGCACAACAUUUAGGCUUUGCGGGGAACCAACCUAUUGCAGCCUGUAUCAUAUACAAAUGCCUUCUGCAAUGGAGAUCAUUUGAAGUCGAGCGAACCAGUGUCUUCGAUCGGAUCAUUCAGACUAUAGGGAAUGCUAUUGAGACCCAGGAUAACAAUGACAUCUUAGCCUACUGGUUAUCCAACGCCUCCACGCUUCUCUUGCUACUACAGCGCACAUUGAAAGCUAGCGGUGCCGCCGGAAUGACUCCACAACGCCGUCGAUCAUCAUCAGCUACUUUGUUUGGGAGAAUGACCCAAAGUUUCCGUGGAGCGCCACAAGGUGUGAAUCUCUCCUUAAUUAAUGGUGGCAUCAAUAGUGGGGUGGACAGUCUGCGACAAGUUGAAGCCAUACCGGCUUUGCUUUUUAAGCAGCAACUUACAGCAUAUGUAGAGAAGAUAUAUGGAAUGAUCAGAGAUAAUCUGAAGAAAGAAAUUUCACCAUUGCUUGGAUUAUGCAUCCAGGCACCAAGAACAUCCCGAGCAAGCUUAGUCAAGGGAGCAUCACGAUCCGUUGCUAAUACUGCAGGCCAACAGGCUUUGAUUGCUCACUGGCAAGGGAUUGUGAAGAGCCUUGGAAACUUCUUGAACACUUUGAAAGCAAAUUAUGUACCUCCAUUCUUAGUACGAAAGGUGUUCACACAAAUAUUCUCAUUUAUCAAUGUUCAACUAUUCAACAGUCUUUUGUUGAGGAGAGAGUGUUGUUCAUUCAGUAAUGGUGAAUACGUUAAAGCCGGAUUGGCUGAACUGGAACACUGGUGUUACAAAGCAACAGAUGAGUAUGCAGGUUCAGCUUGGGAUGAGCUCAAGCAUAUACGGCAGGCCAUUGGUUUCUUAGUAAUACAUCAAAAGCCAAAGAAAACACUGGACGAAAUAAGCCAUGAUCUUUGUCCGGUCCUUAGUAUACAGCAGCUAUACCGUAUAAGUACAAUGUAUUGGGAUGACAAGUACGGCACACAUAGUGUGUCCCCGGAUGUAAUAGCCAAUAUGAGAGUGUUAAUGACAGAAGAUUCCAACAAUGCAGUUAGUAAUUCCUUCCUGCUGGAUGAUGAUUCCAGUAUCCCCUUCUCUGUAGAUGACAUAUCGAAGUCAAUGGAACAAAUAGACAUUGCAGACAUUGAACCACCACCACUUAUUCGUGAGAACAUAGGCUUUAGUUUCUUGUUGCCACGUUCGGAUUAAUCGAAACACCAUUCAUGCAAUGGGUUGGUUUUAUAUUUCAAUCCUUCCACAUGUAGAUUUCAGCAUACAACCUUGUUUAUUGUGAAUGUCCUCAUAGUGGUUCAUUGAUUUUUUUUGCUUUACAUUUAGAUAUAUUGUCAUAUAUAGGUCAUUGAU